AUGGGGAGAGGGUCCUACUUCGCCAGAGAUGCCAAGUACAGCAAUCAGUACACCAGCGAAGGUGAUGAAGGGACCAGGUCCAUGUUUGUGUGUCGGGUCCUGGUUGGAGACUACACUACAGGCCGUAAAGAGUUCACCAAGCCUCCAUUCAAAGAUGCAGACGAGACGUGCGCCUUUGACAGCUGUGUGGACAACAUCAGCAAUCCACGCGUGUUUGUCGUUUUUGAGAAGAGCCAGAUCUACCCCGAGUAUCUGAUUGAGUAUGAACUGCCUGAAGAGAAGGAGGAAGAAGCGGAAGCACCUGCUGAGAGCAGCAAACAGACACAGCUUCCAGGUCAAGUCACCAAUGAGACGCAGCUUGCUGAUCAAGGCACCAACCAGGGACAGCUUCCUGCUCAAAGCACCAAUCAGACACAGCUUCCUGCUCAAAGCACCAACCAGGCACAGCUUCCUGCUCAAGAAACCAAUAAGACACAGCUACCUACCCAAACCACCAAUGAGACACAACAUUCGGUUGAAGGCACCAAUGAGACACUAGCCAGGCUACGCCCUCCUAGUGAUGCAACGCCUUCGACGGCGAACCAAGAUUUGGAAGUGGAUGACAAUCAGGCUAAUGAGACACAGCUUCCUUGUCAAGGCACCCAACCCAUUCAAGGCAAAGAUAAGGCGCAGUUUCCUGGUCAAGGCACCGAUCCUGCUGUAGGCACCAAUCCCACUCAAGUCACCAACCAGACGCCGCUACCUUCUCAAGGCACCAAUGAGAUGCAGGUUCCUGUUCCAGGUGCAAAUAAGACACAGGUUCCUGGACAAGGCAGCAAUCCCAUUCGAGACACCAAUGAUACACAACUUCACACUGAAGGCACCAAUCAGACACAGCUUUCUGGACAAGGCACUGGUCCCACUGAAGGCACAAAUCCUCCCAAAGUCAUCAACCAGACACAGCCCUCUCCUCAGGGUAUCAAAACACAGCCUCAUGUUCAGGGCACUAAUAGGACACAGCUUCCUGGCCAGAACACAUAUCAGGCACAGCUUAUUGCUCAAGUCACCAAUCAGACACAGCUUGAAGGGACCAAUGAAUUGCAGCUUCCUACUGACGCCACCAAUGAGAACUCUUUGGUAAAUGAUCAGAAUCACCCCCAGUCCUUAGGACCCAAUCCAGCUAAUCCAAACCCAAUGGUAACCAACCCAUCUCAGCCCGACCCAAUGCUUAAUGAUCCAUCUCAGCCCCUCCCGAUGCUAAGCAAUCCAUCUCAGCCCUACCCAAUGGUAAAUAAUCCAUAUCCACCAAAUCUAGUUCAGCCCUACCCAGUGGUGAUAACCAUCCAGCCACAGCCCAUCUUUUCACCACUAGUUCAUCCACAAGACAUGCAUGUACCGGUAGGCCCCAUGCCCACACCCAGCCCCAAUGCACCUCGGCAAGAUCCCAUUGUCAACCAACCAACGAAAGGGAGUGGCUGUGCUUUCUGUUGUGCUAGCUGUUGUGGUAAGUGUUGCGCAAGGUGCUGUGGUAGCGACUGUGAGGAGUGCUGCAUUAGCUGCUGUCUGGACUGCAAAGAGUGCCGCGAGAACUUCGACUGGGCGAAGUGCAUGCGUGUCACUUGCCGUGGCAUCGGGGUUUGCAUGGUGGCUUCCCUUCAAGUCGGUGCCCUCUUGUGCUGUUUGCUUUUGUAGCACGUUUGUAGUUGGGGUGUAAAUAAUAAUCGAUAUGUAUCAAUGCAUCGUUACUCCUGUCAACUAUCAAAUCGAAUCGUACAGUAUUGUGGGACAUUCUUAAGUACCAAACAUAAUCGAAUCGCUGCCUUAAGAAAUCGAUAUCGAAUUGUAUCAUCAUGGAGGCUGUGAUUUACACCCCUGGUUUGAAGGACAUCUUCGCACUCUCUUUUUUUGUUACUCAUUACACCUAUUGCUGUAUCAUUGAUCAAUGUCAUUUCUGAACUUGCAGACUCAUAUUAUCAUUGGCAAAUUACCGUUUUGGUGACUAAAUAAUAACAAAGUCAUUGUGCAAAGGGGUGUAAUUUCAUCACAAACUUUAUGAAAACAACACAGAUCACCAUGUUUCAAUAAAAAAGUCUAUGUUUCUCUUACCUGAGAUGGGUUCAUCCCGACCUGACUCCCCAGUCAGCA